AGGCUGGGCGGCUUCGGAGCCAGAGCAGCGGCUCUGUGGCCCGGGCGGGCGGGUCGGGGCAGCCUCGGAGCCGGGAUCCGGGCCCGAAGGGUCAGCACUAGCUGGUCUCCAGUGGGCGCCGCCUUCAAUGUCAAGCCCCAGGGCAGCCGCUGGGACUUGUUCGGCGAGCGGCGGGUGAGCGGCGCUGGAGGAGCUCCCCUCGGUCCCCGCAGCUAAACUGGCUCUUGCUCUGUGCGGCUAGCGACGCUCCGGGCGAGGUUGUUUGGGCCUGGGAGGAAGCCGGCAGCGAAUCCACCUUCUACGGUGGGGUCUCGUGUGCGCUCUUGGUGACGGGCAAGGUCACCUCUGCUUUGAGGGGCCGGGUUUAGUGGUCUCUUCCCCAGAGUGUCGGGUCCAGGAACUGCCUCUACAUGAGCCCCUUGCUCCAUGUGAAUCUGAGUAGUUCGUCCUGGCAGGAUCCGCCCUCCGUCUACACUCAGCCGCACCUCCAGCCAAAGCGCUUUAGCUCCAGCGCUGCACGCCUGUCUUAAGAGGCCUAACCCUAUGCGUUCACAGGCGGUGUCAUGUGGUCUUUUGCAAGUACACGGGUACCUUCAGUCGAGUAAUGGGUCUUUUUGGCGUUCCUGAGCUCAGUGUCCCAGAAGGAUUUCAUAUUGCACAAGAAAAAGCCUUGAGAAAGACAGAAUUGCUUGUGGAGCGUGCAUGUUCCACCCCUCCUGGGCCCCAGACUGUGCUGAUCUUCGAUGAGCUCUCCGAUUCCUUGUGCAGAGUGGCUGACUUGGCUGAUUUUGUGAAAAUCGCUCACCCCGAGCCAGCAUUCAGAGAAGCCGCCGAAGAAGCCUGUAGAAGUAUUGGCACCAUGGUAGAGAAGUUGAACACAAAUGUGGAAUUAUAUCAAAGUUUGCAAAAAUUACUAACUGAUAAAAAACUUGUGGAUUCCCUUGAUCCAGAAACAAGGCGAGUAGCUGAACUGUUUAUGUUUGAUUUUGAAAUUAGUGGAAUCCAUCUAGACAAAGAAAAGCGUAAAACAGCAGUGGACCUCAAUGUUAAAAUCUUGGAUUUGAGUAGUACAUUUCUUAUGGGAACUAACUUUCCCAACAAGAUUGAGAAGCAUCUCUUACCAGAACACAUUCGCCAUAACUUUAUAUCUGCUGGGGAUCAUAUCAUAAUUGAUGGCCUCCAUGCAGAAGCACCAGAUGACUUGGUGCGAGAAGCUGCUUAUAAAAUUUUUCUUUAUCCCAAUGCUGUUCAAUUGAAAUGUUUAGAAGAAUUGCUCAGCAGCAGAGAUCUUCUGGCAAAGUUGGUAGGGUAUUCCACAUUUUCCCACAGGGCUCUCCAAGGAACAAUAGCUAAAAAUCCAGAGACUGUCAUGCAGUUCCUUGAGAAACUAUCUGACAAACUUUCUGAAAGAACUCUAAAAGAUUUUGAGAUGAUACGAGGGAUGAAAAUGAAACUGAAUCCUCAAAAUUCGGAAGUAAUGCCUUGGGACCCCCCCUACUACAGUGGUGUGAUUCGUGCAGAAAGGUAUAAUAUUGAGCCCAGCCUGUACUGCCCGUUUUUCUCUCUUGGAGCAUGCAUGGAAGGCCUGAAUAUUUUGCUUAACAGACUGUUGGGGAUUUCGUUAUAUGCAGAGCAGCCUGCAAAAGGAGAGGUGUGGAGUGAAGAUGUCCGAAAACUGGCUGUCGUUCAUGAAUCUGAAGGAUUGUUGGGGUACAUUUACUGUGAUUUUUUUCAGCGAGCAGACAAACCACAUCAGGAUUGCCAUUUCACAAUCCGUGGAGGCAGAUUAAAGGAAGAUGGAGACUAUCAACUCCCAGUUGUCGUUCUUAUGCUGAAUCUUCCCCGUUCCUCAAAGAGUUCUCCAACUUUGCUAACUCCUGGCAUGAUGGAAAAUCUUUUCCAUGAAAUGGGACAUGCCAUGCAUUCGAUGCUGGGACGAACUCGUUACCAGCACGUCACUGGGACCAGGUGCCCUACUGAUUUUGCUGAGGUUCCUUCUAUUCUGAUGGAGUACUUUGCAAAUGAUUAUCGAGUAGUUAACCAGUUUGCCAGACAUUAUCAGACUGGGCAGCCACUGCCAAAAAAUAUGGUGUCUCGUCUUUGUGAAUCUAAAAAGGUUUGUGCUGCAGCUGAUAUGCAACUUCAGGUCUUUUAUUCCACUCUGGAUCAAAUCUACCAUGGGAAGCAUCCCCUGAGAAAUUCAACCACAGACAUUCUCAAGGAAACACAAGAGAAAUUCUAUGGCUUACCAUACGUUCCAAAUACUGCCUGGCAGCUGCGGUUCAGCCACCUCGUGGGGUAUGGUGCCAAGUAUUACUCUUACCUCAUGUCCAGGGCGGUCGCCUGCAUGGUUUGGAAGGAGUGUUUUCUACAGGAUCCUUUCAACAGGGCCGCUGGAGAACGCUAUCGCAGGGAGAUGCUGGCCCACGGUGGAGGCAGGGAGCCCAUGCUCAUGGUUGAAGGUAUGCUUCAGAAGUGUCCUUCUGUUGAUGACUUCGUCAGUGCCCUCAUUUCUGACUUGGAUCUGGACUUCGAAACUUUUCUCAUGGAUUCUGAGUAACAGAAAUACUCUAAACCUCUUAAAUCAAGGUCAUGUAAAUAAUGACUUUAUUAUAAAUGCUACAGUGGUGAGAGCUUAUUUCUGAUUUCAGUGUUCACUUCUGUAAUAACUUCUGAAAAACUUUAAAGUGUUAGAACUUGGAAUAAAUCAUUUGUUUUAAUUAU